CCUUCUUUCACCGACCAGCACCAACAUCGUCGACUCUCCAGCACCAACGUACGCAGAGCUUCGAUGCCCGGACCAUCGCAUUUACUGCGGAAGAGACCGUUGGAAAUCAUGGUGCCGGAAUCCCAUAAAGCCUCCCCGAGAGGCACCCUUGGAAUCAAUCUACCCCAAGAAAAUACGUAACAAUCAACAGCCAAGAACCCCAAAAUGACCAGCGCUGACCAGAUCCACCAUCUUUCGACUUGGGACAAUGUCGCUCCUCGCACAUACACCGGUCGGGUGAUCUGCUUCCCACUUGAUGACGAUGCUCGCAAGAAUCAGUCGGAGAGUGCCAAAAUUCUCUUGAACUGUCUGCGGAGCAAUCUCGAUGUCCUUGUGAAAGAAAGACCCGACUUUGCUGGAAAACUCCAGCUCGGAGCAAACUUGACACCCAACGAGAAGCACGGGAACGUCUACCUCCUCACGUCAUCCAACUUUCGGAUCUAUCUGAGGCCCAAGUACCCGAAGGAGCUCGAGUCCAUCUAUGGGACAGUCACUGCUCGAAAUGGCACAGAGAAUGUAAAGGCAAGGGGAAUCAACUUCGACGAGAACUUCACCGACUACGACACUCUUAAGCGUUCCAAAUUCCCUGUUAGACCAUUCAUCAACGCGGACUUGACCACCGACCUGAUGCUUGAGGAAGGAAAGCCCCCCAUCCCGGUUGUGGAGGUCGAGGUUAUCUUCCUCAACGGCGGCUUCUUCUUCAACCUCCUCAUCCACCACACCUACUUCGACGGCAAGGCGUACCACAAGUUCCUAGAAUGCUUCGCCGCCUGCACUCGCAGAGACAAAGUGCCCCAAUUCCCCUGCAGCCCCAUGGUCAAGCUUCCUUACGAGCAGGACCAGUCCCUCGCCGACAAGAAGUUCGAGGACAUCCUCCCCCUGUGUUCCGAGUUCAAGACCUGGCCAAACAACGAUCUCAAAGGUCCAACCCAGCCCAUCCAGCCCGAUAUCCCCAAUAGCGAGAGACCUCAGUCCUUCAAAAACGACAGCAAAAUCUUCAUCUUCAACUUCUCCAAGCUCAAAUCCCUCAGCCUCGAGCUCGCCCACCUCCUCCCCAGGGGCAACAAAACCACCCCUCCGCCAUCCGCCUACACAACCCUCUGCGCCCUCCUCUGGGCACACACCCUUGUCGCCCGCGAAGCCAUGCUUAACAACAACUCAUGCGACCCCAGCGAACGCGCCAUCCACACCCACUUCUCCUCGCACCCUCCCUUCUUCUCUACCCCCGUCGACUGGACCAGCACCAAGCUUCUCCAAAAGUAUCCCGACCUCGCGGCCCUUUCAUACUUCGGCAACACCGUCACCUGGGCCAUCACCACUCUCCCCGACAAAUCUCUUUUGCAUAGCAUCGCUUCGGGAAACAAGACCUCCCUCGCCCAAGUCGCUGGCGCCAUCAGCCUUUCCAUCUCCCGCGUCGACCCCUCCUUCCUCUACACGCGCGAAGCUUUGUUUAACGCAGUCCCCGAUCUGCGCCAGCUCGGUCUCCCGUGGGAUAGCCGGAUGCCGGCGGAGUGGGGGAUGAAUAGCUGGGCGGAUUUCGGCGCGGAUGUGGAGUGGUCGUUGCCUGGUGUUGCGAAGAGUCCUGACUUGAGUAAGGGGACGCUGGCGGACGCGCAGAGACGGGUGCAGAAAGAGGUGGGAGGGUCCGGGGGAUUGAUUUUGCCGGCGAAGAGGACGAGGCCGGAGAGUUGGGAGUGUCAGUUUAGUUUGCCGGAGGGGGCAAUGAGGGCGUUGGAGGGGGAUGAGGUGUUUGGGGGGUAUUGGGAAGGGGUGGUUGGUGAUGAGCCGGUGUUCGAGUGAUGGGAGUGAUUGGAAUUUUGUCAUUAUUCGAGCAGUUUUUCUCUGCGGUGUUGGAUCACCUGCGGACGGGAGUUAUCAUGGAAACGAACAGAGAUGAUGGCAUCAACAGAAGCAGGUAUCGGGCGCACUGAUGCCAUGGGAUAUGGAGGGAAAGGGUAUUGGACUCACUUCUGUCACCCAUUUGAGAACGUGGAAUGGAAGGCGCAAAUGUCGGAAGGCGUUCAUGGUGAUACGCCCAGGUUUUGCAUGUUGAGGUUUACAAGGGCGGUUAGGAACGCAGUUCACGGAAUAGGUUGACAGAUAGCAUAGUACGAGAAUCAAAGAAUAG